UCAGCAUCUUUGUUUAUUAGUCAAGCAGGCGCGGCUAGAGCUAGUUAGCUUGGUCUGAACACUUUACCAAGUCUUGUCGCCUGCUGGGUUUGCUGUUCAUCAUACUACAGGGUGUGCGAUUUCACUGUGUGGUUAAUUUCCUGAAUCAGAAAUAUGUCGCUAAACGCAACCGGAGAAGACUCCACAGACGCAAAGAGUGCCAGUGGACAACAGUCAGAGUCGUCUUUGUCCGCUUCUGCCCCAAUGGACGUGGACGCCAAACCCAGCGGACACAGCUUCAGAUACAGUCUGAAUUUCCCCAGCAUCGGCCAGUGCAUCAUCAUCAACAACAAGAACUUCGACAGAAGAACAGGCAUGAAUCAACGUAAUGGUACAGAUGUAGAUGCAGGCAACGCGAUGAAAGUGUUUGGGAAGUUGGGUUAUAAAGUGAAGGUUUACAACGACCAGUCAGUCAAGCAGAUGGAGCAGGUCUUAACUUCUGUGUCAAAGGAAGAUCACAGCUGCUACGCCUCAUUCAUCUGUGUCCUGUUGAGUCAUGGAGAUGAGGGCGUGUUCUUUGGUACGGAUGGAUCAGUAGAGCUUAAGAGUCUGACAUCACUUUUUCGAGGUGAUCGCUGCAAAUCCCUGGUGGGAAAGCCCAAACUCUUCUUCAUUCAGGCUUGCAGAGGCACUGAUCUGGAUCCAGGCAUUGAAGCAGACAGUGCAGAAGAUGGCAUUAAGAUCCCUGUGGAAGCAGACUUUCUCUAUGCCUUCUCCACAGCCCCAGGCUACUACUCAUGGAGGAACACUAUGACCGGGUCCUGGUUCAUGCAGUCACUCUGUGACAUGAUCAGCAAAUAUGGAAAAGAAGUGGAGCUGCAGCACAUCAUGACACGAGUGAACCACAAGGUGGCAGUAGAGUUUGAGUCGGUCUCCAAUUCACCAGGCUUUCAUGCAAAGAAACAAAUUCCUUGCAUUGUAUCAAUGCUGACCAAGGAGAUGUAUUUUUCUCCUUGAUGUCCUCUUUACAUCAGAGGACUUCAGCCUGCAUCUGCAGAAGAAAGCCUGAGGAUGUGUAUGACGUGGUGUUUGUCAAUUAGUUUACUGUCUGACUGAAUGGCUCUUUAACCCUUGUGACCCGAAGGACCACACAAGGAUUAUGUACUUCCCUUUACUUUGUUGAGAAUUCCUCUCUAAACCCUGUUUCUUGUAAAGUAAGUAAGUAAAGUUUAUUUCUAGAACA